ACCCAAGACCAAGUAUACCUGAAAAUAUUGCUGGGGAUGCCCUUCCAUUCCCUCAUAAUUCUCUUUUUCUCAGUGUCAGUGCACCAUCCAACAGAAUAGAAUGUAUAUAAAAAAACAUAUAUAUAUAUAAUGUACAUAUACACAGUACAGUAACGGCAACGGUCACACUGGGUCAUACCAUUAUUCGUGAUUAUUCCAGCCGGCGCGCAUCAGUGAUUUGAUUGUGCUUCUCCUCUGUACAUAGUGUAUAAUUCGUAUAAAUAUUUUAAAAAUUAACAUUUAUAAAUUUUAAAUAAUAACAAUCACAAUUUGACUUGUCUAAAAUAAUUGAUAAUUUAAAUUUUUUAAUUGAUGUUUUGGGUGAUGCAUCUGUAAUAAAAUAAUACUCCUAUUAUAUACAAGUGCAGUGGGAAUUGAUUGAAAGCACUCAACUGUGUCGAAUAUUCCUACGAAGAUUAUAUUGCAAGAUAUAAGUAUAUAUAAUAAUAAUAAUUGUACACUAGAUGUUAUUUGAUAUAAAGUAUCAUUUUCAUGUUAUAAAAUCAUUACCCUAAGUAGGAAUAAUUAUUUUAUUUCUCCGAGAUUACGUAUGAUUUAUGUGGAAAGAUUAUUUUUUGACCUAUUCGUUUCUUUUCCCGGCUGAAUAGAAGGCGCGAAGAGCGCACGAGUAGUGUCACAAGACAAGUCAAUAAAUACAUAGCGAAUUAAAAAAGGAAUUGAAAAAUUACAAUAAAAAGACAUUUAUUUAUAGAUAUUUGCAAGCAGUAAUCUUGUCUUUUUUUUGUGGAUUGUAAUGUCUCGAUAAUGAUAUAUAUAGAUUUAUAUAAAUAUGAGAUAAGAGUGUCAUGAUAAUGUUAAUUUAUUAUUGUGGAUUAUUAAAUAAAAUGAUGUUCAUGUAUUACUAUGAGUAUUAACGGAGUUUUACGUAGACAAUAUAAUUUUAUACCUGUGUUUCACAAUGGAACUAGAAACUAAACAUUAAAGUGAAAGAGUAAAAAAGUUUGUGAGAAAUUAAAUUAAUAAUUGUAGUAAAAUUUCUCACAUUAAAUAACAAUGACAGAUCUAUUGAUUGGUAUUGCCGGAAGUGGCUUUCACAGUGGAAAUAAUUCACCACCUAACGGAAACGUCGUUUUCCGAAAAAAAAAUCCAGGUAUUUGUCGAAAUUCGGAAAUGCGACAUUCAAGAAGUGAAGAUAUUUUAGGAGUUGCUGGGCCUGGCGCUCCGACUCGUUCUCCAAGUCCUUAUUUUCAUGAACAAACGUGUGCUUCUGAAGAUGAUUUAGUUGCAUCCAGUGCAUUAAGAGAUGCUUCUUCAUCCUCCAGCCUUCUUCAGGAUGCGAUGUAUUCUUAUGGAAGAAGAUCUGCUGCAUCACCACCACCGACAUUUGGUGCUGAUCGAGUUGAUCCUGAAGAUUCUAUUCGAGAUAUUGUCACCGAGAAUGACUUGUACAGAUUUGUGCUGUUCAAACGUCAUUACGAUAAAUAUGUUGCUUUAGCUGAAAAAUAUGAAGAAUCACGAGGCGUUGUAUAUUAUCUUGAGGAACGCUACCACGAAGUUAAGGCUGAAAAAGAUAGACUGGAAGAAGCAUGUCAAGAUUUAGAAAAACGAUUGGAAAAUCGUGAGUCUCAGGUGCGAGAAAAAGAGGAAGAAUUGUUUUUACAUUUAGAACGAAGUUUACGAUUGGACGAUGAGAUUGAAAGACUUAAGGCAGAACGUGACUCUUGCAUUGCUGCGCGGGAACGUUUAGAACGUGAGCAAACUACAGCACUAAGACAGUUACAGUUGGAAGUAACGCAGAACGAAAUAACGAGAAGAAACCUCGAACAAGCGAGGCAAGACAUCGUCAGACAAGCAACAGUCAUUCGGGCUGAACGCGAUGCAUUAGAACGAGAGAAUAUUGUAUUAAAAGAAAAAUUACGAGUAGAGCAAGUGGAAUUAGGCGAAGAAAGACGUAGAAGAGAAGAAGGAAUUGCUGUAUUAACUCGUGAAGCUGUGACUUUAAGACAUGCAGCUCGGCAUUUAAGGGCUGCUGCUUUACAUGCUACGGCUUGUAAACGAAGAAGAAGGUGUUCCAUAUGUCUCUAUGCCAAACGUACCUUUGCUGAGGUCGAUGACUACCGUAAUGAUGGGAAACUAUUCAAGUGUCUUCAGACGCCUCUCCAAGAUCUACGGACAUGGUUUCGCCCGGGUCAAUUAUCAUCAUCAUCACAUUCCAAUGUGCCUGAGUUAAGGACCAGUUCACCAUCAGAGCGUCCUAUCAGCUAUAUAGACGAUGCAUCCAGCAGCUCUGAGGAUGAGGAGUUUGGUGAUGCUCAUCUGGCCGAGAUUUCAAUGUCUUCCACCAACUCAGGUGUACCACCAGCUUCUCGGGCAUUUUCCUCAGACUCUGGGUAUGUUAUCAAUCAUGCAAUGACGCCACCUGUAACAACACUAAUCACCCCGACGAGUACGCCAAUCGAAGGUGAUUUUUCUUCGUGCAGUUUUUCAUCAGAGGUUGGCGAUCGCAGAUCACGGAGAUCAUACGAGGUUGAUGGAAGCAGCCGUAAAAUCAGUGAAUCAUCCAACAGCGAGCAUGAUGGGUUGAUGGGUCAAAGGCCUGGCAACGCUUUCACUCGCUCCAAAUGGACUUCAUCAUUCCGUAAACUUCUUGGACGUAAAUCCAAAGCUAAAAUUAUCAACGACCACUCAACAUCAUAAAUAAAGGAAUAUAAUUAAUUUAUUAAUUCAUUAAUUAGUAACUUUCAUAUCUUCUUAUUAAUAUAUUCUUUAUUACACACUUUUUUUUUUAUUCUAUAAAAUUUUAUCGUUCGUGUAAAAAAUUUACUAGCAAUUUUAGAGACUGCUUAAUGAGCAAUUCUUAUAGAAUUCCCACCUAUUAUUCAAGGUCUUUGAGCUCAAGAUUAAAUAAACUGCCAAAGCGUGGGACUUUUUUUUUAUCUGUGAGGUCGUUGAAAAAAAAAUUAAACUUAUUAAAUGGUUUUAGCUUGUUUUAAUAUUUUGCCGUGUACUUUUACUAGUAAAUAAUAUAUUACGUUUGUUAAAUAAUUAUCGAAACUUAGUAUUUCGAAAUAUUUAAAGACUGUUUAUUAUAGCUAGUGUAAUAAUUGAGUACUUAAUUAAAAUUUGAUAUCGUUCAAACUUUACAAUAUUAUAUUAUAUACUGAUAUCACGGGAUAUCAAACAACACAAUAAUAAAAUUAUCUACAUAUAUUGUACAACAUUUAGAAACGGUGCUGAAAUUAAAAAAAAAUCUAUUAUUAAAUUAAAUUUUCGUAGACUUUUAAUUUUAAAUUAAUCGACAUUUUUUUAAACUAAAUAAAACCAUUUUUAUUCAUUUUUUUACAUCAACAAUUAAUUGAUAAAUUAUUUGCUCUAUGAACAAUUAAAUGCGCAGCUAAGAAUUGAUAUUAAUUUAUGUAUAAUAUUUACUAUAAAAAAAAAAUCAUUCCAAACUAAUCGUAUUAAGAAAAAAUAAAUAAAUAAGUACAGGGUGCCAAAAAAAAAAACAAUUAGCACAAAAUAAUUUAAACAUAAAAUAAUAAUAAUAAUGAUUUACUAUUUUUAGCAAUUAAACUUUAAAAUUAACAUCCGUCAGAUGUUGGAAUUGUAAAAUGGAAUUCAAUGGAACGUUCAAUACUCACCUCUGCCAUCCUCAGUUAGAGGAUCAUCCCAGAGCAACUUUUUUUUACAUAUAUAUAUAUUGACACUCAUUUUUUUUUUUUUUAGUUAUUACGAUCAAAAGAAAAUUGAUGAGUCGAUAUUGUUUUAAUAAAAUAUAAUUAUUAACGAUGUUAUUGUUAUAUUAUUAUACAUAAUAAGUGUUAUUGUAAUAUCUCCGAGAGAUCUAUUAGAAAUGAAGUAUUGAUAACAUUCCAUACAAACAUUAUUAAUUAUUAAAGUAAUAAAUAAAACAGUCACGUGUUCCUGACAUUUAAAAAA